AAUCUUAUCCACCCAAGAACUGAAAACAUGGCUACUAUCCUCUCCACUACUCUUCUCAAUCGCUUCUUAAUCUCAUCUUUCUUUCUCAUUCUCCUUCUCAGCCCAGCCUGCAAGGCUGACAACGUCUUGUAUACUGAUAAAAGUCUCCAUGCUAAUGACUAUCUGGAAUAUGGGAGCUAUCAAUUUAAAAUGCAAGCAGAUUGCAAUCUGGUCUUAUUUGAUAACGGCAGGGCCAUUUGGGCAUCCAACACCAGCGGGCAAGACAGAAAUUGCUCUUGCACCAUGCAAAGUGAUAGGAAUCUUGUGGUAUAUGCUCCUAACGGUCGUGUUAUUUGGGCUAGUAAUACUUGGACACGUCCUCGUGCCUCCUAUGUUCUCAUCCUUCAAAGUGAUCGAAAUGUGGUGAUCUAUGGUCCGGGCGUUUGGGCCCUUGGGACUAAUAUACCUGGGAGUGGUGCAAUUCCAGUGGUCAGUUGGGCCAGCUCUGAGGACACUAAUCAUACCGCUGUGGUUGAUGGAUCUGGUACCAUCAUAGAUAUGUGAGAAGAUCAAUGCUUUGUGUUGAAAUGCAUAUGUUUUCCUUUGGCCUAAGUUUUAUAUUUAUCUAUGUGUGUGAUGAUGGGUAUGUAUCGUUUGAAAAUUUGAAUGAAUCUUAGUAAUAUAUUAGAGUA